AUGUUUGUUCCGCAACUGACCACUACCAGAUCUCCCAUGCUUUCCUCACACAUAGACACCGGCCUCCGCCGUAUACGAAACCCCCAACAACCACCCAUUCGAAAUUCUUCAUCCCCUCAGCUGCGCCCACAAGACCCCUCCUCUCCCCCCAUCUCGCCAUCGCCCUCGCGCUCCUCAUCCUUCCAUCACGCCUCCCCCGGCCCCGCCACUCCUGGCCUCCAACUCGGCGAAGACCUCACUCGCUUCCCCUCCGAAUCCCUCCACUCCUUCUCCUUUGCGCAUCAGGGGAGCGACAGUCUUCGCAACAGACAGAACGUGCUCAAGCGCAGUAUCGAUUUCAUGCGGGAACGACUCAGCUGGGCCUCCUCGACACCGAGAAUAGCAACGGCACAGGCGAAAUUGGCGGGCGAUGAGGAGCUGCUCAGUAUGAUGGAGUUGCUGCAAAAGGCCAACAUGAUGGACCCGGAUGGCCUGGUGGCCAGCGCUGCCGGUCUCGGCAUCAGCGGACCCGGCCCCUUGACUGGGCCGGCGUACUCGGCCAAUGACAACGUCUUUGAGCAGUCGUUUCAAGAUCGCACGCCUAACCCUCACACCACCUUCUCCAACUCCCUGCCCGUGGUUCAGGAGCAGGAAGGCGAAAAGGGUGUGAGCGAGACUACCGUGUCUCCUACCACGUACGACCGUCCGGGGGACUCGGCGCAAGUUGAUGGCGUCUCCGAUCCUUACUGUCUAUCUCAAGUGACGACGGCUGAAGACACGGAGGUGUUGACACCGGGACCGGAGGCCGGGACGCCAACGCAGACGCAGCGACCACAACGCGCCGCGCUCAAGCGCACAUACACCGACGUGGCCGGGUACUCGCUGGAACACAGGCUCACCGAAGCGCUAGCACAGCCUUAUCACACCACCAAUCACUCCACCACCUCCUUCCGACCCCCGCCUCCAGCCCGUAGUGGUUCCAGCAUCACCGAUCGUGCGCCACACGGCCACAGAAACAAUCAAGCACAAGCCAUCUUCACUACUGAUGCCGAGUCUCCCUGGACCAUCACGGCCGCGAACGACCUCGCGUGUCUUGUCUUCGGCGUGACACGUGCGGAAGUGAGGAAGCUCGGUAUUAUGGAGGUUAUUGAUGAGUCACGGAGGAAGUGGCUCGCCGAGAGAUUACGAGCCCCCGACCCCAGCACGACCACAAAGUUGCAGCUUUCCAAGUCUUCGCCAAACGGGACGAGCCCACCCCCACCCAGCAGCAACUUGGCGGGUGCCCUGGGGAAUGGCAUCACAGCGAAACUGCUCUCGAAACCCCCUUCACGGUACUCCAUGGCAUCUCGCAGGAGUAAGAGUGUAGGUGGAGGCCCGCCCGCAAAGCCUGCGCCGCCGCCGCCCGUCAAUCCCUACCACGCCAAUCACAGGAGUCGGGGAGUAUUGCUUUGUGGUGACGUGGUGCCUAUUCGCAAAAGAGACGGCUCUACAGGUAGUGCGUCCCUCUGGGUCAAGGAGAAGAGUGGCGGGCUCAUCUGGGUUCUCGAAGAGAUUGCCGAGGACGUUGCCUACCUUACCAUCGAUGAGAUUGGCAGCGUGCUUCGUGGGACCGGGGAUGUGCACGCAAUCUGGGGGAUAGAAAGGGUACGCAACGGCAGCGAUGUCAAGCGACUCAUUCCCGCGUUCCCCAAACUGCAAGGAACAAACACUGGCGCAGUCGAUUAUGAAGCCAUUGCACAGCUACGCGGAUUCACGGCCCGCACCAGCAACAGCAUCUCGAUCCCCAUUACCGUCGAGCAGACCGCCACCGAGAACCUAUUACGAAUCACCUCCCUCCCCAACAUCGCAGGGAUUAUCGUGUUGAAAUCCUCGACGAUGCGAAUCACCAGCAGUAACUCGGUCUUCACCUCGGCGCUAUUUGGCUACUCCAAUCUUGAUGACAUGUCCGUCGACGACUUGAUCCCGGGAUUCAGCAAUGUCUUGCAUGUGAUGACGGAAGAGGACAAGACCGAGCUACAAGACGGAAUCGUCAUCCCCGAGCACUCCUUUCGACGGGCGAGAGCAUUGCUGGCGUUGCGAGAGGGAAAGCAAGACGCUGCCCAGAUCUUCCUCCGGCCCAGCGGUCUCCCUGCGCGGCAUCGAGAUGGGGCGGAAAUCAUGGUCGAUGUUCAGAUGAGGGUGGUUUUGAACGCCCGGGAGCUUGAAGGGGGCGUCAUUGUGGAAGAAGACGAAUCUGGACAGCAUGUACCGACGAGUGAGCUUGUCUACGCUCUGUGGAUCACCUACUCCCGACAACUCCACGCCGUGCAUCAUGGCGUUGGACCCGUGGCGCCAAUGAUGAGUCGACCGGGUACGCCUCCUCAACAGCCUCCUCCAGGCUCAGUCGGCAGAGUGCGAGGCGACUCCGAGAUGCCCAGUCCCCUGCCUGCUGGCCUUCCGAUCAAAGACGAUGGCAACGUCCCCUCAUCUCCGCUGCUCGAUCAGCAGUUGCAUCGCGAGGCCAGUACAUCCGAUGAAGAGCCUUUUGAGCACCCAUCCACCAACAUGAUUGCCGCCGGGGUGAAGAGGAUCAAGAAGAAACUCAUCGAGGACUUUAAUAUCCUCGAGGAGUUGGGGCAAGGCGCAUACGGACAGGUGAAGCUGGCGCGGUACAAGAAGGCGGCGGCGAAGAAGAUGGUCAUCAAGUACGUCACCAAGCGGAGGAUCCUCGUCGACACUUGGCACAGAGACCGGCGGCUGGGGACGGUGCCGCUGGAAAUCCACGUCCUCGACUACCUGCGCAACGGCCUGCAGCAUCCCAACAUCGUCGAGAUGAUGGACUGGUUCGAGAAUGAAGAGCAUUACCACAUCGAGAUGGAGCCGCAUGGCGCCGUCCCCAUGGAUCUCUUUGACUACAUUGAGAUGCGGUCGGGGAUGGACGAAGUGGAGUGCAGGAAGAUCUUUGUCCAGGUGGCCGAGGCGAUUGCGCAUUUGCAUGUGCGCGCCAAGGUCGUGCAUCGCGACAUCAAGGAUGAGAAUAUCGUGCUCGACGGCGAUGGGAUGGUGAAGUUGGUGGACUUUGGCAGCGCGGCGUACAUCAAGAGCGGUCCUUUUGAUGUCUUUGUCGGGACUAUUGAUUACGCCGCGCCCGAAGUCCUGCGCGGCCUCCCCUACCGCGGCAAAGAGCAAGACAUCUGGGCCCUCGGCGUCACGCUGUACACGCUGGUGUUUCGCGAGAAUCCCUUUUACAACAUUGACGAAAUCAUGGAUCACAGCUUGAGGAUUCCGUAUGUGAUGAGCGAGGACUGCAUUGAUCUGAUCCGGCGCAUGCUCGAUCGCGAUGUCGAGCGGAGGAUUGGCAUCCAGGCUGUGCUGGAGCAUCCUUGGUGUACUACUGUUGAUGAUGAAGAGGAGGAGAAAGCGACGGGCGAGAAGUAG